AGCGUGUAAGAUAUACGGUAGCGUUAUUGCACGCGUGAAACGCAGACAGCUGAUAAUAAUUGGGCCUUACUCGGAAAUUGAGCGUGGGGCCGGAGUAGGCAGCAUUCUGGAUGGACGACUACAAACGGGCCCGCUAUAGCUAAGCGUGAGAGAAGAAACCGCGGAGAUGUGAUCCAGAGACUGGGAGAUCACCGGUAGUUUGUAGUUCACCUAUCCCCUGAGCAUGCAGCCUCCCGUCUGCAUCAGCCUCCCAGACGAGAAGAAGCACACCUUCGCCCUUAACUAAUGCAACCCAAACGAAUCUCUUCCUCCAACGUGCCAUACAUUCAGCAGCCUGUGAUACAAGACUUAAAAAGAAAAAGAAGGAAAAAAAAACAAACAUAACUAUUAUUUACCAGACACGCCCGCAGCCUGGAGAUAUCUGCAGGACGGACAUUGUACUGUAUAGCCAUAUAAGAAAAAUAACGACAGCCCGAUGCAGCGGAAAUUUUGUUAACUAUAACCAACGCGCCUGCACCAUCACCAUCACUCCCUGCAUUUAAUUAUAUACAUAUAGUAUACCCGUUGUACCUGAAGGAGUCAAGGAGAAACGAAGACUUGAGAAUAAAGGAAAUGUCGACGUGCGCGGACGAACCGGACCCGGGGUCCAUCCACAUCCAGGAGGCCUUGUCUCCGGUCGAGGGUCCCGUAUCACCGGCAUCCUCAUCUCUGAGCAACCAUAAUCAAAACGAGAAUGACCAAGUACUGCUAGCGACGAUGCAGCCGGUCAACGUCCUGGACCUCCACGAGCCGUCGCAGCACCCUCUUCACCACAAGUUCCACCGUCACCAUCACCAUCAUCACCAGCAACAGCAGCAGCAACAGCAGCAUCACCACGCGCACCACCAGCACCACCACCACAGCCAUCAUCACCAUCAGCAUCAGCAGGAUCAGGACCAGGAUACGCGGGGCGAAGAAGAGGAUGACCGGGUCACUCCCGAGGCGGCUGGAACGGUAGUCGCACCGCCGUCCAACCUCGGCGAGCACAAGAUGAUCGACCUGAUAUACAACGACGGCCAGAAGACCGUCAUGUACACCCACGACAAGGAGAUCAUCUACGAGAACGAAGCGGACAGGGUUCAGGUCGUCGAGUACCCGCCUCCGCCGCCUUCCCCGCCGACGAACUCCAGGUCACGCGCCGCCGCCCUCCACCUCCACCACUAUCCUCAGCUACAACUCCAGCAGCACGAGGACGCCAUCAUGGCACGCGGCACACCCUGCACCUCGGCUGCUUCUGGAUCAAACUGCGCAACUACAACCACCGUCCUUGUUCUCUCGGAACUCGUUGCCGCAGAUCCUGGAGCCGCGCAACUCGCCCUUGGAAAUGCAGCCGCCCUUCGCGCAGGGAGGAGAAGUCGCGCCGAGGAGGAUUCCGGUGGCGCGGAAGAGGUUCAGGGUCAAGAUCAGAACUUCGGACCCGGUGCAUCUGGGAGUCGAGAGGAGGAGGACGAUCUCCAGGGUAGAGAGGAGGCGCAGUCGCUCCAGACUGCAGACGGAGAAUCCGCGGAGGCGGACGUGCACAAGAGGGUCGCGGCGGUGCAGGUGCAGGUGCAGGCGAUGGAGGGCGACUGGAGGGCCUACUGCGAGCAUCCCCUGUCCGUGGCGACCGCAGCCAUGCUCAACCUGCAGCAGCAGCAUCAGGUGUCCGCCGUUUCCGGUCACGCCGAUGAUCCCGGCGCCUCCUACGUUUACGAGUACUACAAACUCCCGGACAAGACACAGGACGUCAAACUUCCCCCCACCCACGAGCUUUGGUCCACGGGUGUGAUGGGCCAGAAACUGCUGGUGCAGGAACCGCAGGGUUCCGGAUCAUCGAACCGUAUGGAGACGGGCCCAGAAUCGUCGGGCAGCGGAGAGCUGCACCACUUCCUCCACCAGUACAACCAGUCCCACAGUCCGGGGGUCCAGAGUCUGCCGAGUGGUCUGCCCCUCAGCCCCCAGUCGCUGCAGCGGCACGAGUCUGGCUCCGGGGGCGUUUCCGGUGUGAAACGGGAGCCGGAGGACCUCAGCUCGUCGCGGGGCCAGCAGUCCAGCAACAAGCGGCAUAAGGCCCAGGACAGCCCGACACCUCCGGCCGAUCACUCGGCCAUGUACCACCACCAACACCAGCUCCAGGUCCAGCAGUACGGCAGCCCCUACGACCCCUACUCCUCCUGCAGCCCCAGGUUACAGUCGGGCGCCUACUCCUCCGGGUCUUCGGGGGGUGCGGGACUCCAGCAGGAGGGAACUGCGGUCUACGUCACUGGAGACACCCUCCCGCCGCUUCCCUCCUCGGGUUCCUCUUCCCUGCCGACGACGACCGCGUCCUACACCCGGUACGACGUUGUCCCGAGCUCCUACGCCGUCACACACACGAUAAGGUCCUCUUCCAGCAGCAGCAAAGCUCUUACGGUUGAUCUGCCGAGCCCCGAUUCUGGCAUUGGUGCCGACGCCGUCACUCCAAGGCAGGAUCAUCAUCCGCCACCGACUGCUCUUCAUCAGACAUCCUUCGAUUACACGGAACUCUGUCCUGGAGGUCCUGUCGCCGGGACAGCCGUCGUCCUCGAAAGCGGGGCAGUCGUUCAUCACCAGCCCCUCCAACUCCAGCUGCAGCAGGGCCACGGCCAGGUCCAAGUCCAACGGGGUGGCAGCGGAGGCCUCGUGGCAUCGGGUGCGAGUAAUCCAAACGCCUCCCAAAAUCCGCCAAGAUCGAGACCUUGGCACGACUUUGGCCGACAAAAUGACGCCGACAAGAUUCAGAUACCAAAAAUCUACUCGUCAUACGGUUUCAAAUACCACCUGGAAGCACCGAUCAGCACCUCGCAGCGUCGAGAGGACGACCGCAUCACGUACAUCAACAAGGGUCAGUUUUACGGCAUCGCUUUGGACUACAUACCGGACCCAGACAAGCCGCUCCUUAAGUCCGGUCAGACGGUUAAGAGCGUCGUCAUGCUGAUGUUCCGAGAGGAGAAAAGCCCCGAGGACGAGAUAAAGGCGUGGCAGUUUUGGCACGGCAGACAGCACUCGGUCAAGCAGCGCAUACUCGACGCUGAUACGAAAAACAGCGUUGGCUUAGUUGGAUGCAUCGAGGAGGUCGCACACAACGCGAUUGCCGUUUACUGGAACCCGGUUGAAUCUUCUGCUAAGAUAAACGUGGCGGUCCAAUGUCUGAGUACAGACUUUUCGAGUCAAAAGGGGGUGAAGGGUUUGCCUCUCCACAUCCAAGUUGACACCUACGAGGAGCCUCCACCCCACCCGCACACCCACACGCCUACGCCACCCUCGCAUCGGGGCUACUGUCAGAUAAAAGUGUUCUGCGAUAAGGGUGCGGAGAGGAAAACAAGGGACGAGGAACGGAGAGCGGCUAAACGAAAGAUGACGGCCACCGGAAGGAAGAAGCUAGACGAGCUCUACCAUUCUGUUACGGAACGUAGCGAGUUCUACUCCAUGGCGGAUCUCCAUAAACCCCCAGUCCUCUUCUCACCACCCGCCGAACACACCAUCGACAAGUUCUCGCCGAUGGAAUUGUCCGGAUUUUACGGCGGUGGUGGCGGCGGCACAACAGGCGGAGACACGGACACGUCUUCACUGAGCAACGGGGAAGGCGGCGGAGUGAAAGCGGGGCCAAGCAGUCCAUACCCGACGUGCGGCAGGCCGAGUCUCCCCGCGCUCAAGUUCCACAAUCACUUCCCACCGGACAACCUAACCUCCAUCCACGACAAGAAGGACUCCCUGCUGAUGCAGGUCCAGGAACUCCAGGGCUCGGCGCUCCAGGGCAUGCAGCAAACCGGCCUUGGGACCGGCGUGGGGGUCGGCAACCGCCUUCACCUUCAGCAGCAGCAUCUUCGCGGCACCGAAUCCGAGGAACGCGUUAUGCUCUACGUCCGGCAGGAGUCCGAGGACGUUUACACACCACUCCACGUCGCGCCGCCCUCCGUUCAAGGACUCCUCAAUGCUAUUGAGUCAAAGUACAAAAUUGCAUCCUCGAGUAUUAAUAACCUCUAUCGCAAAAACACAAAGGGAAUUACGGCGAAAAUUGACGACGACAUGGUGCGAUAUUACGUCGACGAGGACCUUUUCCUACUCGAGGUGAGUCACACGCCGGUAUCGAGUAACUCCGACCCGAAUUCCGAGCACGAUCCCUCGUCGCCUGGCGACAUCAGGAACGGAGCUGGCGCCGGAUAUGACGUCACUCUAAUCGAGCUUUCGACCCCCGCGGUCCAAACCUCGGUUCCGGUCUCAGUUCCGGGGUCGUUAUCGCCCCACCCCCACUCCCAGCAUCAGCACCAACAUGGACACCCUCACGAGAGCAAUAACACGUGAGCAAUGAACGGCGAUCGCCGAGUCAAACGUUCGAAUUUUGGGGUCGGGUGAGGAGAAGAAGAAGGGAAACGAUCGGACAGAGGUACAGAAACGUGUAAUCAAUCGCG